UCGAGCGCAUGACAUGUGCUCUCUACUUUUUUCAACAACGACUGACCAUUGUCAGACGCGUAUGUAGACAUGUGUCGGUUAAACUGUUAAGAAAAAUUGUACAGAAGAGUCUACAGAAAAGGAAGUUAGAAACGAUUCAAAAUCCCAUUGUGAGUUUUCCGAUUAAAUUGUAUUCUAUUGACCGACCUAAUUUCCAUUCUGAUUUCCCCUGCGUCAAUAUAAUGCCAGAGAUGGAGCAUACGAAUGGUGACGGGGAGGGUCAUCAAGUUGAAUAUUUGGAGACGCCCAUCAAAUCGGAGAACGAUAAAAAAGAAUACAGAGUCAUCAAAUUAUCGAAUGGUUUAACGGCUUUGUUAAUAUCCGAUAUACAUUCAAAAACUUGUGCUUCUCAGGAUCAAGAUGAUCAGGAUAAAGAAUCUAUCGAAGAUGAAACUGAGGAUGAGGAAAGUAGCGAAGAGAAUGGAGAAAAUAAUGAAGACGAAGAUGAAGGUGAUAUAAGCGAUGACUACGAUGAAGAAGAUGGUUCUUCAGUUAAACGAGUUAAGAGAGAUGAAAAAAAGGCUGCAUGUGGUCUAUGUGUGGGAGUAGGCAGUUUCAGUGAUCCAUCAGAGGUUCAAGGCAUGGCACAUUUUCUUGAACAUAUGGUUUUCAUGGGAUCUGAAAAAUAUCCUCAAGAAAACGAUUUUGAUGCGUUUAUCAGUAAGCGUGGUGGCUUUACCAAUGCUUCAACGGAUUGCGAGCAUACCACAUUUUACUUCGAUAUCCAGGAGAAACACUUGUCGUCAGCUCUCGAUCGUUUUGCUCAAUUUUUUAUUAAACCCUUGAUGAAGAAAGAUGCCAUCACGCGGGAGCGAGAGGCCGUAGAAAGCGAAUUUCAGUUGGCCUUACCUUGUGACGAGAACAGAAAGGAACAACUGUUUUCUUCUUUCGCGCAAACUGGUCAUCCAGCCAACAAAUUUAUUUGGGGCAAUUUAAUAACAUUGCGCGAUAAUGUACAUGAUGAUAAAUUAUACGAAGAACUACACAAAUUUAGAGAGCGCCAUUACAGCGCUCACAGAAUGAAAUUAGCUAUACAGGCAAGACUACCGCUGGAUACGUUGGAAAAAUAUGUCAUAACGUACUUUGCUGAUGUACCAAAUAAUGGACUGCCUCCUGAUGACUUUACCGCAUUUAAAGACGGUGUUUCUUUUGAUACUCCCGCUUUCCGAAAAAUGUAUAAAGUUAAACCUUUUAAAGAUGUUAGCCAACUGGAACUAACAUGGGCAAUGCCUUCGUUACUUCAUUUAUACAAAAGUAAACCACACCAAUAUAUCUCAUGGAUUAUUGGGCAUGAAGGAAAAGGUUCCUUAAUUAGUUAUUUACGAAAAAAAAUGUGGAGUCUCGAUAUAUUCAGUGGUAGCACUGAAAGUGGUUUCGAACACAGCUCCAUGUAUGCGUUAUUAAAGAUUACUAUAAUACUCUCCUAUGAAGGACAACAACAUCUGGAGGAAGUUCUAGAUGCGAUAUUUUCCUUUAUCAAUUUAUUGAAGAAGGAGGGUCCACAAAAAAGAAUUUACGAUGAAAUUUAUCAGAUUGAAGAAAAUAAUUUUAGAUUUGCCGAUGAAGAGGAUCCAGCGGAUUAUGUUGAAGAUUUGUGUGAGAGUAUGCACUUUUAUCCGUCGCGCGAUUAUAUAACUGGAAACGAGCUUUACUCUGAAUAUAAUCCAGAAGCUAUACAAAAAUGUUUGGAUUAUUUAGUGCCAGAGACUGUAAAUAUCAUGAUUUUCAACGAAGAUUUUGAUUGUCACGAAUUAAAUAAAGUCGAGCCAUGGUUCCAAACCAAGUAUACAGACAUCGAGAUAUCAAAGGAAUGGAUCGAACGCUGGAAAUCUAUCGAGCCAUUGCCAGAUUUUCAUUUACCAUUAGAGAAUACAUUCCUUACCAGCGACUUUUCUUUAAUACCGUUACCAGUGGAAGUUCCGAAAUAUCCUGUAAAAUUAUAUUCUAAUACUCUGUCAGAGAUUUGGUAUCGGCCGGAUCCAAAGUUUCGUUUGCCAGAAUGUUAUAUGAAUUUUCAUUUUGUUUCUCCUCUGGGACUUCAAUCGCCAGAGAAUGCAGCUCUCAUGGAAAUGUACUGCAAUGUACUAAAACUGCUAUUGAUUGAAGAAUUAUAUCCUGCUAUAGCGGCUGGAUUUAAUUAUAACAUCAGUGUUAGUGAGAAAGGUAUCACAAUAAAAAUGAAUGGAUUUAACGAAAAACUGCCACUCUUGUUGAUGGCUAUUGCAAAAUACAUGGUGGAGUAUCCAACCCUUGUUACAAAGGAUUUAUUUGAAAUUGUGAAAGUGCAACAACUUAAAACAUAUUACAAUACGUUUAUAAAACCUGGGAAGCUCGUUAGGNNNGUGAGAUUAUGGAUAUUGAAACUCUCUCACUAUACACACGUUGACAUGCACACUGCUCUACGUGGUAUCAAUUUUGAAGAAUUCCAAGGUUUUGUGAAAUUUUUCACCAAUCAUUUGUUCAUUCAGUGCCUCGUGCAAGGCAACUUGACGCAGAACGCUGCGAUCGAUACCGUACACAAAUGUGUUAAAAUAAUUAAUUGCGGUCCCUUGACUUCUAGUAUGAUACCACAGAUGAGAGUCUUUCAGAUACCGGUGGGCACGUCCUGUUGCAAGUUAAAAAAUAUCAACAAAAUUGAUGCAAAUUCAGUAAUAACAAAUUAUUAUCAAGCUGGUGUCGAAUCGAUCGAAUUAUCGGUGUUGAUCGAUCUGAUGAUCAUGAUAAUGGAAGAACCGUUAUUCAAUCGGUUGCGAACUCAAGAACAGCUUGGUUAUGAUGUCUCUUGCGUUCUUAGAGAGAUCAACGGAAUCUUAGGAUAUUCUAUUACUGUUCACACUCAGGCAGAUAAAUAUACAACCGAACAUGUGGAUCAGCGGAUCGAAGAAUUUUUAAAAUCGUUUAAUAAGAUUUUGGAAGAUUUCUCAGAAGAAGAAUUGGAUGAUGCCAAAGAGGCACUAAGAAAAUUAAAGCAAUGUGCCGAUAUCGAUCUUGAAGAAGAAGUUAAUAGAAACUGGCAUGAGAUCACGCAUUGGCAAUAUAUGUUUGACAGACUCGAGAGGGAAGUACUCGCAAUAAAAGAUAUAAAAAUCAACGAAUUAAGAGAAUGGUCUACAAAGCACACAUUGAACGGAAGUAAUUUCAGAAAAUUGAGCGUACAUGUAGUAGGAACUGAUCCGAAAGAAAGUGCAGUCAAGGAAGCAAGUAUUGUAGAUACUGCAGAGGAUAACAAGAAAGCGCAGUACUUCGUUUUGGAAUAUAUAACCAAUGAACAGAAUAAGGAAAUUGCAGAUCAUCAUAUAGUUGACGUAGAAAAGUACAAGAAAAAACUUUACAUCUAUCCAGUAAGUGAGGGGAUUAGUAGUUCUCUCAGAAAGCUAUAUAAGUGAUAUACUUAAUAAUAAUAGUACAAUGAAAAAAAUGAUAAAUCGUACUGCCCUAUGAUAAUAAGGUUCUUUUUUUAUUUAUUGAAUGUUUAAAUUUAAUAACUAAUUCUCAUAUAAACAACAACAUUAUAAUGAAAUAUUACAAUCAACUUUUCACGUACACAAUCAACUCUUCACACUUCCUGUCUUUAUAUUCUUUUUAAUAAGCUAUAUUAUAAUAGCUAAUAUUGUUAGGAAUAUUUUGCAUGUUGCAACAUAGAGUAUUCGAAAUUAAUAAAAUGAAAUUAUCUUACAUUAAAAUAAGGACUUAUGCUUUAUAUAUUAACGAUUUUUUGCAUGUCACUCUUUUGUAUGGAGCAUUUAUAAAUGGAUAAAAUGUAAUCGUAAAUAAAUAAAUAAUACAUGGAUAAACAUAAA